GCAAUGGCCCAUCAGCUAUCUCUUUGUCCUACAUGCUGGCUGGGAAUCGACCAUACUAUAAUGGGUCUCCACUGUCAAAUGAGUACCUUGCCAGGCGAUUGCGGGAAAAUAUGGGGGUAUCCCUUCUGGAACAAGAUUUGGCCCCACUGUGUGAAAGUCUGGAAGGACGCUCCAACAACCCAGUGGCUCUGUUGUUUGACAGCUUGUUCCACCCCGAGGCAGACUGGGGUGCAGAUAUCCCUUCUGCCCUGGAGUGGAGACAUGAAGCCAUGCACGAGAUCCCUCAUGUUGUGCUGGGAAAAACUAAGCCAGGAGGAACUUGGCAGAAAAUUGAUGGUGGCAUGCAGACGAUCAGCCAGAAUUCCUGGAUGGAGCUUCCAAAUGUUCCAUUCAAAGAAUGGCUUGCUAAAAGAAACAGAGAAAUGCCAGAAAGGAAGUCUCUACUUGGGCGUGCUACAAUUGCCGAUGUGAGAGAAUACUAUGGCGAUUAUGUGAAAACACAACAACUGGAGAAACGUUUCCAAGACUUCCACGUGGUCACUUCAGUCCAACAGGUCUUUCAUGUGCACAGUCGUCUCCAUGUGGACAACGAUAAUGGGGAGGAGGAGCCUUGCUGUCAUAAUGUCAGGAGAAACCACACCCAUUUUUGGGAAGUUCGAGGUUAUCAGGCAGUCUUUGAUGACCUUGGAGAAUCAGUUGGAAGGCAGGAGUUCUGCUACUUAACACCUCAUAUUGUUCUUGCAACUGGUACUUAUGAUAUCCCUAACCGGCUUAAUGUCGAAGGUGAAAGCCUGUCUUUUGUUGUUCAUUGCUUGGGAGAAUUUGAAAAGCAGCUGUCACAAUGUGAAGCUUCUACAACUGCUGAUCCUAUUCUUGUGGUUGGGGCUGGAUUAAGUGCAGCUGAUGCUAUCCUUAUGGCUAUGGAGUCCAACAUACCAGUCAUACAUGCCUUCAGAUGCAAGCCUACAGACCACACACUCAUCUUUUCCAAACUGCCAAAAGCAAUGUACCCCGAGUAUCAUUACAUUCAUUCUCUGAUGAAAGGUCAUGAAGUCAGUGAACUUUACAAACCUCUGCCUCGUCAUUCUGUUAAAGAGCUCAAAGAUAACAAAGUACUACUCAAGUGUCGUCGCCCUGGCACUGUCACAUGGUUUGAUGUUUCAGCUGUGGCAGUUAUGAUUGGCUCCAGAGCUGAUUUAAGCUUCCUGCCAAAAGAGGGUCGUCACUUGGGCAGAGUGCCAGAUUGGCCAGUUGACAGCAAACACAACAUUAUUGAUGUAGAUGCGUAUUCCUACCAGUCAGUUCGAGAGCCUCAAAUGUUUGCAAUGGGGCCUCUUGUUGGGGAUAAUUUUGUCAGAUUCGGGAUAGGUGGUGCUCUGGGAAUUGCUUCUCACUUACACAUGUGUCAAAAGAGUGAGUACAUGUAG